UGAAUGUGGCGCCAAGGUCAUUAAGUAUUGCGUUACUCAAAUGGUGGGCGACAGUUUGACCUUCUAUUGGUCAGUAAUCUCCGUCAGUGGACGGUACCACUGAAGCGUUGCCAUAAUCUCUUGGGACAACUGAAAAUCUUCAGCUUCUCACAGGAGCCAAACUAACAACAUCGUCAUUUUUUUCUAAGUCAAUGAUGUUAGUCGUCAUAGUGCGUCAGUCGAAAGCUAAGGGAACAAAAGUCCAUGUUACUUUCUGAAUUAUCCACAGGACAAAAACAGUGAAAAACGAUUUGAGUAUAUAACUUUGAUCAACCACUCAUUUUAUACUACCCUGUCUAAUAUUUGAUAACAAUUUCCCUCCUAGAAAGCUCUAAGUAAGGUGGCAUACUCCCCUGUCAGUGAUGUAAACUGUCACAAAACUUUUCGCCUUACAAAAUAAAAUAGUAUAUUUAGUUCAAGAAUAUGAUUGAAGCCAGACAACAGCACAUAAUUGUUUUAUAACAUGACAAUAAAAUUCUGAACUACACUCAAACCAUAAGUGUAUUUCUGACUUCCUGUUCGACAGCAAAUAAACAAUUACUUAUAGCAGCAAGCGUCUCGGGCAUCCGAUUAGCUAGGCUUAUUUUUUAGUGGUUAUCACAAGACCAUUGUCCUAAGAUUUCUCUUAAAUGGUUGAUAAAUGGAACGUAGAUUAUUUACUUGACUAAUGAAAAACUCGACUUAGGGGAUAGAUUUACUAUCCCAACCCUUAUCGCUGAAAUAUAUAUAUGCCUCAUCUAUUAGAAAUAAAAGCUAUUUCUUGUGAAGCCACAUUCACUCAUUAUUUUUCUGAUUACCCCGAUGUAUCAUUCCCCCCCCCCAGAAAACUAGGUCUGACUCAGCAGAUUUUAGCUCAAGGCUUUGAAAUUGGUUGGGGAGUUACAUCAAUAGCAUUUUCAUUUUCUUAGAAAAGUUGGAAGUCUGAUGUCAAUCGUGCGCUCAAACUUAGUGAAUGGUAUUUAAUUAAAGAGUAGCUGGGUUUUUUUCCAAUUAACCCACCUUGUUUAGAUUAUUAGGCCCAAAAAUGCUAUUUGGUCAUUUCUAAUAUAUCUUUGCAGUGUUUCUAUUCACAAGAAGGUAAAAUAGGUAAGCAAACCAGAAAAUACAAAAGUUUAUGGUUCUAUUUUGGUUCAAAUAGCAACACUAGCCGUAUAAAAGAGUUAGGAAGUGUGUAGUAAAAUGUUUAUAAAAUAGUACUUUUGAAGAUUUGGUUUCAGGCUGUAUAUACAAUUUAUACAUAUCGACAGCUGGUAAGCCUAAAGUUACAAACUUGACAAAAGAUAUAAAUAAGCGAUAUAGAACCUCAUCAAAUAAAUUAAGUUUCAUUAGACUACAGAAUCUUUCAAAACAUUUACAAGCCUUUCUCAUGUGAACUUGAAAAAUUAGAUUAAAACUUCUGGAGAAUGCCAUUUCUGAAGGGUGGACGUGCUGCGGUGACAAGGACUAAAAAGUACUUAGAAGGUGGACGAAUACUUCUGAACGAUGGUGUCAAGAUUAUUGUCAUCAAUCAUGUCCCCGGAGCAGAAAUAUCACAUGGAUGCGAUGAAUUCAUUAAAUGGCAUCUUCCUCCUUUACAAUUCAGAAAUCCAAACGUUCAGAUAAUAACGUUCAAAAAUAUGUUUCCGACUCCAUUUAUUAAAAUUUACCUUGAAAAAAACGAAGAACAAGUGGUAAAUUGUGCUUUUCGAAAGAAUUCCGAUAUCUAUGAUCACUUAAUAACACUUCUUGGGAAGCCUGCUCCAUCUGAGAGUUCCUUGGUAAAUAACUUGACUACAAAAAACCCAUCAAGUUUUGGCAAGGAGUUCCCGCGCCAAUGUAUGUGCGAAUUAUAUGGUCAAAUGCCUUGCUCGUCUAAUAUUGGGAAACCAAAGUUAUGGCCAAAGUUGGAAUAUACAUUGCCUCCGGUGGAUACAGAAUGGUUAAAAAACGCGACUGAUAUCAGUGUUACAAAUGAUAGAUAGAUACUCAGUGUGUGUAUAUCUGUGCAACACAUCAUCAUUCGAUUGUUUCUUGUAUCGUUCUUCCUCUUCUUAAAGCAUAACAUAUUUAGUACCAUUUUUCAGAACACUGGAUUUUUUUCAGUCAGUCAGCUACAACGUA